CUCUUUGUCGUCGCUGCUGCUGUUCAUUUGCAGGUUUUGGAUUUAACGGUUUGUGGAGGUUUGCAGGACCAUUUUCUAAGCAAAGUCAAAUACCUGACUACGCUGAGCUGAUUGUGAAGUUCCUUGACGCCUUGAUCGAUACCUACUUGCCUGGAAUGGAUGAGGAGAUCAGUGAAGAGUCCCUCCUGACCCCAACAUCUCCUUACCCUCCUGCGGUGCAGAGCCAGCUCAGCAUUACCGCAAACCUGAACCUUUCGAAUUCCAUGACCUCACUUGCAACUUCCCAGCAUUCCCCAGGAAUCGACAAGGAGAACGUGGAACUUUCUCCCACGGCCGCACACUCCAACAGCGGAAGGAUCCGCCAUGGCUCAGCUAGCCAGGUGCAGAAGCAACGGAGCACCGGCAGUUUCAAGCGCCACAAUGUUAAGAAGAUGGUGUGAAGCUUCUUCUUUUUUUUAAAGAAAAACAGAAACCUGACUUAUUCCCUUUAGCCCCACUUCCCCCUAAACGAUCAUGCCGCACUUAAAUUUGAUCCUCUCAUCUCCUCACCCCGUCCGACAUGGUGCCAGGCAAUUAACUUUUGAAACAGUCCUUGUACAUUUAUUUUGGGUUUUCACUUCGAUUUCAUACAGCUGCCUUUUUUUUUUAAAGACUUGCUCCUCCUCUGAUCAUUUUCAAACUAGUGAUUUCAAAGCUGACGAGUGGGACUACGCGAGGAAAAAAAAGAAUGGGCAGAAGUGAUCAUAAUUGUAUCCGAAGACACAGAAAUCACAGUCACAGUCAUCUUACUUCGGAUAGCUUCAAUAUUUUUUUUUUUUUUGUAAAUUGAGGGAUUACUUUGAUUGGAGGGUGGGUGGGGUUGUUUCUUUUUUACAGCUUAUUUCAUGUCUACUUUUUUUAAAAAGUGUUAAUAUUCAAUCUUGUUUGCACACUAGUGAGAUUUUAUUCGGGCCAAUAAACUUGCAUAGCGUAGUGUCCUCUUUAGCUGUGGACUUCCUUUUACUGGUCCUCUUGAGCCCAGUUCUGAAUGUUGUAAGUUGUAAGGGGAACACAGUUUUAGAUUGUCAAGAUACUCCUUUAUUUAAUCAUCUAGUCCAGUGUUUCCUAACCGUGGCAAUAUCCAAGUGCGUGGACUUCCACACCCAGAAUUCUGUUCAAUGGCCACGCUAGCUGUGGAAUUCUGGGAGUUGAAGUCCGCUCCCUCAGAAAUUGCCAUGGUUGAGAAAUACCAAUCUAGGUAUUUGAGGAGAUGGUGUAUCCCUUGAUGCUUCCAAAAAUAGCACCUUGUGCAAGAUUGAACAAACUC